AACAAGAAAAAUACUAAGCAUUGGAAUGAUCAAGUCCAACAAAGCAAAUUGUGAAAGACAACCUGCGCCAACAGCAACAUAGGCCACCAUGUUUGCGAAGAGGUUGUUGCACAAGGCUGUGCUGCACCAUUCCAAUCACAAGUUGCAGUAUGGUAGUUUGCAAGCAAGUGAGUUGAAUCCCAGAAUUGUGAUUCACUAUGGCAUUCCAUCUACUGCUGCACUUCUCGCCUUUGACCCCAUUCAGCGACUUUUGGCUAUUGGGACUUUGGAUGGGAGACUUAAGGUAAUUGGUGGUGAUAAUAUAGAAGGACUUCUGCUUUCUCCUAAGCAAUUGCCAUAUAAGUACUUGGAGUUCCUGCAAAACCAGGGGCAUUUGGUUGGUGUCUUAAAUGACAAUGAUAUCCAGGUUUGGAAUCUUGAGAACCGGAGCCUUGUUUGUUCUUUACAAUGGGAGUCCAAUAUUACUGCUUUUUCUGUAAUCAGCGGCUCACAUUUCAUUUAUGUUGGGGAUGAGCAUGGCUUAUUUUCUGUGAUAAAGUUUGAAGCUGAGGAAGGACAACUUUUGCAGUCAUCAUAUAAUUUGUCUGCAAAAUUUCUAAGGGAAGCUGCAGGCUUUCCAGAUUCUAGCAACCUGCCAAUUGUUGGAAUUCUUUUGCAACCUUUUUCUUCUGGGAACAGACUGUUGAUUGCAUUUGAGGAUGGGCUGCUAAUUCUUUGGGAUGUUUCUGAAGCUAAAAUUGUGUUCCUUGGUGGUGGGAGGGAUCUCCAAUUGAAGGAUGAAGAUGGUAAUUCUCCUACGGAAAUGGGUGCCAAUCUUCCAGAUGAUAUUAUAGAACAAAAUUUGGGAGACAAAGAGAUUAGUGCUCUUUGUUGGGCAUCUUCCACUGGGUCCAUUCUUGCUGUGGGAUACUUAGAUGGAGAUAUCCUUCUCUGGAACUUGUCAUCUGCAGCACCUUCUAAAGGUCAUCAGAUUUCUUCUAAAAAUGUUGUUAAGCUACAACUUUCAACUGCAGUAAGAAGACUACCGGUCAUUGUUUUACAAUGGUCCAACAGCUAUAAAUCCCAAAGUGAUUGUGCUGGACAGUUGUUUGUCUAUGGUGGUGAUGAAAUUGGGUCUGAAGAAGUUUUGACUGUUUUAACUCUUGAAUGGUCAUCUGGGAUGGAGUCAGUAAAAUGCAUUAGUCGUGCAGACCUUACACUUAAUGGCUCUUUUGCAGACUUGAUUUUGCUGCCAAGUCCUGGAGCAAUGGGAUUGAGCAGCAAAGAUGAACUUUUUGUAUUGACAAGCCCUGGACAGCUACAUUUCUAUGAUAAUGAUAGCUUGUCCACAUUAACAUCUCAGCAGAAGAGGACUCCAUCUGUGUCUGCUCUGGAGUUUCCAGUACUAGUACCAAUGGCUGAUCCAUCUCCGACUGUUGCAAAACUUAUCAGGUUGCCCAAUGAGUCAAAUUCAUCAAAAAUUCUAACUGAGGUAGCCUCAGUUCUGAGAACUGUCUCAAGACCUGGAUCAGCUACUCGUUCAAAUUGGCCCUUGACUGGGGGUGUUCCCAGUCAGUUGAGCACAGUUAAAGGUGCUGAGGUUAAGAGUGUUUAUUUUGUGGGUUAUUCUAAUGGCUCUGUCCUUGUAUGUGAUGCCACACAUCCAGUCUUAUCGUAUAUUUGCUAUGUAGAGGGAGAGGUGAAUGGUAUAAAAGUGGCUGGUUCUGAUGCUCAAGUGACAACAUUGGACUUCUGCCAUGUUUCCUUACUUUUCGCUAUGGGCAAUGAAUGUGGUCUUGUUCGCAUUUAUGACCUCAAAGAGCACUCUGGUGGGACAAAUUUCCAUUUUGUCACAGAAACAAAAAGUGAAGUCCAUGAUGCUCCACAAGGAAAAGGACCUCAUUGUAGUGCCGUCUUCUGUCUUCUGGAGUCUCCAGUACAAGCAUUAUCAUUUGCAAAUUCUGGAACAAAACUUGCUAUUGGAUUUUUAGGUGGUCAUGUUGCAGUGUGUAAUAUGACUUCAUUGUCAGUUUUGUUCUUGAUUGAUGGUGUACCAAGCUCUAGCUCUCCAAUUACUUCAAUGGUUUGGAAACAUGAAGCAUGUUUUCAAGAUGCUGUGAAUAGUUUAAAGCAAUCAGAAACACCAUCAGGCCACUCUCUUGAAGAAACACUAUUUGUCUUAUCCCGGGAUGGAAAAAUUAAUGUAGUUGAUGGUGAUAGUGGUAAAAUGAUCUCUAGUCGGGCAUUACACGUGAAGGAAUCAAGUGCAAUUUCAAUGUAUGUUAUAGAGGAUAGCAUCUCAACCUCUGAAGCAUCAAAUGACAAGCAGCAGGAAGAACCCUUGAAGAAUUCUGAUGAUGCUAGCCCAGAUGAGGAGGAAGAACCGUUAUCAACUAGGUUAAAUUCAUCUGAGGCUGAAAUUUCCUCCUCAGAAGCCUCACACUCUGGAGAUUUACGAUUGGAUCCACUUGUUCUACUAUGCUGUGAGAAUUCAUUGCGCUUGUUCUCUGCAAAAUCUAUUAUACAGGGAAAUAAGAAACCGAUCCGAAAAGUGAAACAUUCUAAAUCUUGCUAUUGGACUACAAUUUUUAAGAAAGAUGACAAUGUUUACGGGCUUCUAUCAUUGCUUCAGACUGGAACAUUUGAAAUCAGGUCUUUACCAGAUUUGGAAUUGGUCGCAGAAAGCUCUUUAUUGUCAAUUUUAAGAUGGAAUUAUAAAGUGAAUAUGAAUAAAACCAUGUGUUCUGAUGAUUAUGGACAGAUAGCGCUGGCUAAUGGUUCUGAAUUGGCAUUCAUCUCAUUACUAGCUGGCGAAAAUGAAUUCAGGAGUCUGGAGCAUUUGCCUUCUCUUCACGACAAAGUUCUUGCUGCCGCUGCCGACACUGCCUUUAGAUUCUCUUCAAAUCAGAAGAAAAAACAGGCCACUGUACCAGGGAUUCUAGGUGGUAUUGUAAAAGGAUUUAAAGGAGGAAAAGCUUCUCAAACUGAUUUGGCUAAAAUUCCAACCUCCAAUUUUGAUCAUUUGGAAGACAUUUUCUUUAAGCCCCUCUUGCCGGAUUCCGUUCCAACAGUGGCAGUCGCAGGUCAUAAAGAAGUGGAGCUUGAUAUAGAUGACAUUGAAAUAGAUGAUGAGCCAAUAAUUAAGCCUUCUACUUCAUCUUCUACUUCAUCUCCUGAUAUUAAAAACAAACAGAAAGAUAAGUUACGAGAUAGGGAGAAAUUAUUUGAAGGUGGAACCAAUAAUGAUGAUAUAAAGCCUAGAGUUAGAACACCUGAAGAAAUUAUGGCUACUUAUAGAAAAACGGGGGAUGCUUCUUCUGUUGCUGCCCAUGCAAGAAACAAGCUUAUGGAGAGGCAGGAAAAAUUGGAGAGAAUCAGCCAACGUACUGCAGAACUGCAAAGUGGAGCUGAAGAUUUUUCAUCAUUAGCGAAUGAGCUUGUCAAGACCAUGGAAAGGAGGAAAUGGUGGCAAAUAUAGU